UUAUUUUAUAGUUUGUAUAGGCGAUCAAGAAAUUUGAUUCUUUCUUCAAUAUGAUAAAGAAUUAUUUCUGUAUUUUCAUUGCAUGUCUCUAUUUUUCGUGGACAGUUUUUGCUUCAGAUUUAACUGAAAAUAUUUUUCUACGUUUAUAUAAAAGGAAUGGCUUAUAUAUUGAUGAAAAUAUAAGAAAUGCUAAUCUAUUGAUAUCUCAUAUAGAAAAAAAUAACAAAAUAGUAAUCUUUAUUAGUGGUUGGAAUGAGGACAUUAAUUUUGAAGAUGUGCAAUUAAUAACGAAUGCAUAUUUGGAAAAUACACAAGACAAUGUUCUUGCACUCGAUUAUCGAAAUGUUAGUAAAGAAUUUUAUAUAUUUGCCGUACAACACUUAUAUGAAGUUGGAAAAUCUGUAGCUACUGCUUUGGAUAAUAUGAUAGAAAAUGGCAUAAACUCAAAAAAUAUACAUAUAAUUGGACAUUCAUUGGGAUCUCAGCUUUCGGGGAUUAUAGGGCGCAAUAUGAAUUAUAAAAUUGGCAGAAUAACAGGCUUGGAUCCUGCCGGUCCUGGAUAUUACAUAUUCAAUUCUCAUUUGAGUGCUUCUGAUGCCGAAUUCGUAGACGUUAUUCACACUGAUAUGGGUAUCUAUGGUCUAGCUCUGAAAAUUGGUCAUGUGGAUUUUUUUCCUAAUUAUGGUCAUAGAUCGCAACCAGGUUGCCUGCUAUCAAAUGAUGAUUUUUGCAGUCAUCAUAGAUCUUAUAAAUUUUAUGCGGAAUCAGUUAAAAAUCAUAAUAUCUUCAUUGGAAAGUGUCAUUCAUUAAAUGAAUGUAAUGGCGUUGAAUAUAUUCCAAUGGGAUAUGCUACACCCAGCAAUGCGACUGGUAAUUAUUAUCUCAUAACGAAUUCAAAGAUACCUUUCGGCCGAAGCUUAACAGGAGCAACUUUUAAUCCACUAAGAAUUGUUCCUGUAUUAUAAAUUGACUAUUGAUAUAUUUAUUAUAAUUUAAUUAAAAAUUCUUUAAUUUCAAA